AUGGAUUACCUUGAUCUUUAUCUCAUGCAUUGGCCUGUAUCCACAAGCUCCAAAGGAUUUGCUAUAGAGCUUAACAAUUGGAACUUCAUCAACACAUGGGAGGAAAUGCAAAAGGUUCCAUCGCACAAAGUACACAACAUUGGGGUUUCAAACUUUGGUAUCGCUAAUCUCCAGCGACUUUUGCAUCAUCCGUCAUGCAAGGUGGUCCCUGCAGUCAAUCAAAUCGAGCUACAUCCCUAUUGGCCAUCUUGGAGGAUUCUCAAGUAUUGCAAGAACCAUGGUAUACACUGCACAGCGUAUUCUUGUCUGGGAUCCACCGGUUCUCCUCUAUUCGAUAACCCAGUGGUUCUUGAACUAUCCCAAAGUAAAGGGAAAUCACCCCAGCAGAUCUUGAUCAUGUGGGGCAUCCAGCGCGACACGUCUGUAGUGCCCAAAACCGUAACCCCAGUGCGUAUCAAGGAGAAUUCUGAAUUGGAUGGCUGGGGAUUGAGUAACCACGAGAUGGACUUGUUAAAUGGGUGCACCAUUCGGUUCAAAUCUUGCAAUGGCAUGUGGUUGCGUGGAAAGAUUUUCUUCGAAGAUGGUGACUGA